GGAAAGCAGGUGUUGGGCAUUGAGGAGGGCACCUGUUGGGAUGAGCACUGGGUGUUGUAUGGAAACCAAUUUGACAAUAAAUUUCAUAUUAAAAAAAUAAAAGAUUUAAAAAGAAAAAAAAUAAAACAAAUGAUCUCUUCAAGUCAUUUCUAAUGUAAAUGUUCAGUGAUUUGAUGAGAUCUAACUUUUGGAUAAAUUGUGGAGAGUAAAGGCUACUGUGCACAGUUCCUACUCCUCUGGGAUCCAGGCCUUUUGUCGUCACCCCUAUUCAGAGCCACUUUGUCCUCUACCAAUUACCUACUUCAGGAAAAUCUCACAGCAAGGAUUCAACAGUGAUGAGGGAGCUAUAAUAAAACAACAUCCUCCAUAUGGCCCAAAGGAGAGAGGUCUUAAGGGGUAUGGGUUUAGAGUCCAAAACAUGUGUCUUCUCUGGAGGGAGCUCUCAGGCCUCCCUAGCUAAAUUCAUGCUCUUAUCCUUUUCCUAGUUCUUCUUCUGAAUCCAUUUACCUGAACAAUUUCUUCCAAAUCUACUUUCAACUCCAGAUUGAUAUCUAAGCUGAUUCUGCCAAUGGGGACAGUGAAGGGGUCAUAAAGGAAAGUAAGCAAAAAAGUCAAUAUCCAUUCAAAGGGGGGGAAAGCCCACAAUAACAAAAACCAAGGUUCUGUAUGCCCCCUACCAACAUAAAACACUGCUUUCCUAUAGAAGCUCACCCAUUUUCUAUAAUUCUGAUUUUCUUUUAACAAUCUGCAUCUUUCCUAGAAGACACAUUUUUUUGUUCUCUUAUGUACAUUCCGUAUAAAAGUACAUUCCAUAGCACAAUGAGCAACUAUGGGCUGAAUUCUCUGGAAACUGCCAUCAUUUCUCUUUUUACCUUCCUUUUGUUUCUAAGAGCAGUUGUGAAUUAGUAUAGACCCAAAAUAGGAGUUGAAAUAUGUAUUGCAUCAUUUGUCAUGUAGCUACAAAGGAAGCAGCAGAGCUAACCAGAAAUGAGCCAUGGGAGAUUUCUGAUAAACAACUCUGAUGGUUAUCUAUAAGCUGAAUUAAAUCAUAGACACCAGAGUUUGGAAUUGCAUUUUGAAUGGCAAAAUUAGAGGUAAUUGCCUCCCACUUAUAUGAUAGUGUCAAUUUAAUGUGGAAUUUGAGUAUGGUUUUACAGACUUAUCAUUCCAUUUUGUGUUAGUGCAGAGAACAUUUAUUUACUUAUCAGGCUUCCAUGGAGCACGUUUAAAUUUGGAAAAAGAAAUGAUUAAAAAAAAAAACAAAACACCUGGGUGUCCUGAUAUGGAUACCAUAAUGGAUGUUGAUAGUAUUUAGAAGUAAAAUGAAUGAGAUUACCUUUUUACAGACUCAGUAUUCAUCAGUGAAAAUAUGCAAAUAAUGAAUUCAGCCUUGUUAUCAGGCAGUUUACGCCUCUCCCAAUAUAGAACAGGAAGUUAGAAUGGAUUCUUCUCUCAUUGGGUUUUCAUCAAGUAGACCAAAUGAAGAUUGUGUAACUCAUGCACCUUUGGCUUGUCCUUUCUCUCUCUAAUUUGGGAACAGAAAAAUCAACAAUUAAUUUUGGAUUCUAACAGAGACAAAGGAGGAGCAGUGAGUUUCUGGGGGAAUUUAAAAUCUUGCUGCAUCCCCAACUGACCCUGGUUUGGGCCCCUUCAUCAUGGAAGCAGCUCCUGCCAAUCAUUUAAAAGACUGGAGUCUUGUGUCAAGAGACUUAUUGGUCUUGCUUCUGCAAACUCACAAUUCCUUUAUUUACUCUUGGGAAGAAAACGCAGGUAGAAGCUUAAAAGCUGGAUGUCCCUGCACUUCCAUCUCCUUGUUCAUCAUCCUUAACCAGGCAGAAAGGUGAUGGGACAGUUUGUCUCUAGCAAAAGGAUAUGUUUAGAUGCUGAGGUGUUUCCAGAGACAACUGGUCAGAGAAGUCAGGGGGAGAGAAAAAAGCGGGAUCCAGAUCCCCUGUAACUGCUUGCUGCUUUCCCCACAGGACUCUGCAUUGAUAGACCUCCUGUCCCAUACUCUUCCCUUCCCCUCUCAUUCGAUGUCUCUUUUCUGACCCUAAAUUUCACCUUUCAUAGUAAGAGGUCAGUAUGUUUUCAUACUUGGGAAAUCUCAUUCAAGAAUUUUUGUCAAUGGACAAGUCAUAAGAAGCCCUUCCAUUUUAGGGCUCGUUGACGUCACCAAGGAGGCGAUAAAUAUCUGUUGAUAUAAUUGGAUGUGAGAUUCAGUGUUGAGAUAGCAAAACUCUGCCCCUCGUUCUCUGGCAGGGCCCUAUGAUUUAUGCAGGAGCAGAGGCAGCACGCAAUCGAGCUGUCAAGAGAGCGUCAGCUUAUUAGGCAAAUGCUGCGUGGUUUCUGAAGAGGGUCGACGCUAUAAAAUCCCACUCCAGGCUCUGGUGUGGAGAAACUCAGAGCCCAAAUCGGUUGAGAGACUGGAGAGAAGGAGAAGAGAAGAAAAAGAGAGUGAAGACAGAAAGGAGAAGAGAAGAAAACCCUUGAAAAAGCCCCGGAGACUUUCCUCUGCAGAGAGGCGUCAGCGCCCCACUCACCUGCAGAAGCACCUCAGAAGCGAGCGCCCCUAACAUGCGGCUGCCGCUUCUCUUGUCCGCGGGCGUCCUGCUGGUGGCUUUCCUGCCCUGCCCGCCAUGCAGGGCCCUCCUCAGCCGGGGACCCAUCCCGCGCGCCCGGCAGGCCCCUCAGCAGCCCCAGCCCCUGGAUUUCUCCCAGCUGCCGCCGCAGCCCCAGCAGCCCCAACAGCCACAGGCUCGGCCCAUCCUGCUCCGCAUGGGAGAGGAAUAUUUCCUCCGCCUGGGUAACCUCAACAAGAGCCCCGCUGCUCCCCUCUUGCCCGCCUCUUCACCUGUCUCUGGCGGCAGCGGCAGCCACCUUUCACCGGACGAAGCGGCCGCCAACUUUUUCCGAGCGUUGCUGCAGCAGCUGCAGCUGCCCCGGCGCCCGCUCCCGCUCGACAGCCCCGCAGGUCCGGCUGAGCACGGAGCCGAGAACGCCCUCGGCAGCCGCCAGGAGACACUCGAGAGGCAGAGGCGAUCAGAGGAACCUCCCAUCUCGCUGGAUCUCACCUUCCACCUCCUCCGAGAAGUCUUGGAAAUGGCCAGGGCUGAGCAGUUAGCGCAGCAAGCUCACAGCAACAGGAAACUGAUGGAGAUUAUUGGGAAAUAAAACUGUGCGUUUGGCCGAAAGGAUGCAGUAUUUAGCACGCAAAAAAUAAAUAAAUAAAUA